AUUUUAAAACCCCGUGUGUUCUUUUAAUAAUAUUUAGUACAUAUAUUAUUUGUAAUAUGGUUCAUAUCGUUUAAAAAACGCGUUUCGAAUUAGAAGACGUUUGUCCGCUUAGUCUUGCCGUAACAGCUCCGCUCUCUAGAAACAUGUCAAAUCUUGGAAAAAUAGGAAAGUUGGUGCUGCCUGUGGCAGUGCCUGGAGCCCUUGGUCUGGUGUCAGCUACAGUUUAUGCUGAAAGCGAGGCCAAACAAAAUACCACCACCCUGAUGACUGAUGAGCUGUCACUCUACACCACACCUGAGUCUAAGAUGAGGUAUGAGGAGUCUGAGGUUGGCCAUAUUGAGGAGGGUGUGGCAUCCCUGAGGAAAACUACAAAGCCCUAUGUGUCAUGGUGUCGGGAAAAGACACAAUAUGCUGUGGACAAAGUACAGUCUUACUACAAGACUGUUGAGCCUGGUUUAAAUACAUCACAAAAUAUUGUAAAUGAUAUAUAUGAGUUUUUGAACGACCCUCCAUCAAAGUUCUACCCCAGUGUAGGCGUUAUAGGUUUCUCUGGAAUUCUGGGACUGUUCCUAGCAAAAGGUAACACAGUAAGAAGGCUGAUCUUCCCUACAGGUCUGAUGGCGCUGAGUGCUUCCAUGUUUUACCCACAACAUGCUGCAUCUGUUGCCAGGUUUACUAAAGACUACAUACAUACCUGCGGUUCAGAAGGGCGAGUUGCUUUGGAGGAACUACUUGGGAGGAAGUCUUCAUCAAAGGAUAAGGUUGUGAAGUCACAGAAAACAGAGAACCAAAAAACAAGUUGAGACAAUGUACAAGGAAAUGCUUUGUACCUGGAUUCAGUUCUCUUGUCAAUGCACUUAUCUGUUCAAUGACAUUUAUUACAGCACUGCGCUAAGCAUCUCUACCGUCACUUUAAUAUCUAUUUAGGUUGUACCAUGUGUUCUGUGUACAUUUACUUACAGUAUUAAAUGUUGUAUACGAUA